AACCACUAGGUUCUUCAGCAGGCGAAGACACAAGAAUUUGUGUUGGAUGAUUGCUUGCAACGUCAGGAAGGACACUCGCUUGCAAAUCCCAGUAGAGAAGACCUACCUGGGUCAGGUAGAGUCAAGAUGGGCCCCAGGGGCAGGCAGAGCCCCACAUCCCCACUGGCCCCCUCCCAGGGUUCUUGCUUCUUCAUCCUCUUCUGCUUACGGUUAGGUGCCUCCUGCCCACAGGCCUGCCAGUGCCCUGACCAUGCCGGGGCUGUGGCUGUCCACUGCAGCUCAAGAGGGCUGCAGGAGAUCCCCAGGGACAUCCCAGCUGACACGGUGCUUCUGAAACUAGAUGCCAACAGAAUCUCCCGAGUCCCCAAUGGAGCCUUCCAGAACCUACCCCAAUUGAGGGAGCUGGACCUGUCCCAUAAUGCCAUUGAGGCCAUCGGACCAGCAGCCUUCUCAGGUCUGGCUGGGGGCCUGCGGCUCCUGGACUUAUCCCACAAUCGCAUCCGAAGAAUUCCAAAGGACGCACUGGGCAAGUUGAGUGCCAAGAUCCGCCUGUCCCACAAUCCACUGCACUGUGAGUGUGCCCUCCAGGAGGCCCUAUGGGAACUGAAGCUGGACCCCGACUCUGUGGAUGAAAUUGCCUGCCACACCUCGGCACAGGAGCAGUUCGUGGGCAAGCCGCUGAUCCAGGUCUUGGACUCAGGUGCCAGCUUCUGCAGUACCCACCGGAAGACCACCGAUGUCGCCAUGCUGGUCACCAUGUUCGGCUGGUUUACCAUGGUGAUUGCCUACGUAGUGUACUACGUCCGCCACAACCAGGAGGAUGCCAGACGACAUCUGGAGUACCUGAAGUCCCUGCCCAGUGCUCCGGUCUCCAAGGAGCCCCUCAGCCCUGGGCCCUAGCACCCGCCUCUGGUGGGCCACUGAGCCUGGCUGCCCUGGUUUUCUGCAGCAGGUGGAGGUGAUGGUGCUCUUGUGUCCCCAAGGGAGGUGCAUUACAGCUGUACAGCCCAAAAAGCACUUUCAUAGUUGGCAUUUGGUCCCUGCAGCCGCUGCCUAACACUGUAGCGAGGGUCGCCCAUCUUAAUGGGUAGGUAAACAGAAAGCCUUGCCAGGGCCUGGAUUCGGCUGGCACUUAAACCCAGGCUGCUUGUGGUAUAGGUCUGUGAGCUGCCCAACCUGCCAUCCUUUUUCACACCGCGCUGUGGAAAAUGAACGCUUGUGCACGCAAGGACUGGGCCCUGAUGGGGAGGAUGGCGCCAGCCGUUUUCCCACUGAGAAAUGGCUCAUUCUGUUUACCCAGGACAUCUGAACCCAGAGAUGUUUGCCCUUUCCCAGAUCAGAGUACUGGCAAUCUAGACCUUUCCAGAGAGGUCAGGGCAAAGUAUAUCCUGCACCCCAGCCUGUGCUGACCUUUGUCCUGAGAGGUAUUUUUUUUUUAGUUGCUCUCGUGCCAAAAUUUCAGCCCAUCGAGAGGGAGGAAAUGGAGAAACGUGAGAAAGGUCCAGCAUGGGCUCACCAUGGCCAUGUCAACUGCCAGACCACUUAUGGGCCGCCCCAGCUUCUGCCCCUUCCAUCCGUGCCUGGACGGUGCAAGCCUGUGAAUCACGGCGGCUCUUGUGCCUUGCUUUCUACUGCCAAUAUCUAAAGCAGCUUUCUUCAGGAGGAUGAGGAGGGACUGGAGUUUGAGGUCCCCAUGCCACCAAUCAACAGGAGUGCUGCUUUUUCUCUAGCAACAAGAACCUUCUCUUCACCUCGCUGAAAUCCCAGAGCUCACUGAUCAACUUUCUUACCUGUAAUUACUUCAUGUUCAGGGGUAGAUGUUCUAACCACCUAACUCGACUGACUUCCAGUUUUAUUAUUUACCGUCUUUUUGUAUAAGUGUUUAUACCCUAAGCUAUGUCGUUGAGAAUCUGGGAGAAGCAAAUGAGUGUAGAAGGUGUGUGUGUGUGUGUGUGUGUGUGUGUGUGUGUUGUGGGUGCUGAGUGUCAGGUCUAGAUGCCCCUCCGGGCAGAAAGGAAUGCAGCUUCUGUAUCUGCUGGAAAUUCUCUUGUGAUCUGCAGGGGCAAGGUGAGACUGUGCUGGGGAGGAGCGUGGAGCUGGCCUGACUUGGUCUUACCGUCACUGUGACCCACAGUUCUGUCACCAUGUGACACGGUUGCCAGAGGCCACACAACUGUCAGCUGCAGAAGUAUAUAAAAGAGAAAAACACUCGUGAACUCCAGACUUUCCCCACUGCCGAAUGCCCACACCUGCAUGGUGGUGGCCAUGGGGCUACCAUGCCCGGCGUCUGCAGUGUGAAUAGAAUACUAAUCUGGAUCCCUGGAUGAGCCCCCAAGCUGCCCAAUAUUCUUCCACAGCACUGGGCCAAGCUACACUGUCUUCAGGGACAGACCCUGGCAGAGCUGGUAGGACCAUUCCCAUGAGAAUUGGAACCUCCAGACAGCCUCCUUAGGGGCAUCAGUCACUGGUGUGACAGCUGCCUGACCCCCAUGGCACAGACGUGCUCAACAAACAGUGUCCAGUUAAGCAUUCAGAGGAGGCAGAUGCUGAGGGAAGAGCUGGAUCCUGAAGGGUUCUGUGCCUAGGAAAAGAGGCUAAAAAGCCAGAGAUGAGGGCUUGAAUUAAGGACCGGGUUCCAUCCUGAUACUGUGGCGGUGCUGUAGUAGCGAUGCCUAUUCUAUGGACAGGGACACCUCUAGCCUGGUACCUACUCUGGGAGGUGCCAGUGCAGAGGGUAUGGCUUACGUUCCUCUCACUGUAUGGUGUGAUCCGGUACAGGGAGGGUAGCCGCUUCCAGACGGGGGGCACAGGUUGGGAGGUACCCAGCCCCUGCAGCCUUUCUACCAUCCUACUUAGUACUUAGGAGCUUGCCACUGUCCCAUUGACACAAGCAGGUCCGAAAGGAACAUGGCGGAGGCCUGGUGAUGGAGUCUUUAGCUGCUCUCGUCCCAGAAACACCCUACAGGGCCCUUUAGAUACACAAGGGUAGGGCUCCUUCCCAGGCUAUUCAACUCACUGCCAGGCCUGCUGCUCUUAGCCCAGGGCUUGACCCUACCUGGUUGCACAUUUAUACGGCCCCUGCUCAGCCCUUGCUGGGAAGAGGAGACGGGGUAUGGACCCUGGAGAAAGCAUGCCCCAUCUUCCUGUAAGGAGAACCCCAGAGACCUCGCCACUCUCCUGCUCAUCCAAGCUUCCAACCCUGCUGCCAUUCCAUUCACUUUUUAAGAUGCCCUUCCCUUCCUUCCCAUGACCAGCUCACAGGAUAAGUGUAUGAGGCCGGAGACUCUGGUGGAGACUUGCAGAUGGGGGUGGUUGCGUUGAGACUGUCUUUCUCCCUGGAUCCCACCUGCUCCUGCCAGCUUCACCCUCCUUCUCUCCUUGAAUGAGAUGUUCUCCUUCCCUGACUCCACACAGACCCUCUAGAUCUCCAGGACUCUGGGUCAGUUUCCCCUAUUCUGUGCAGUCCCAUCCCCACCCACCCCUGACUUUGGAAGGUAGAUGAGAUCUUGCCAUACAGGAGAGAGUGGUGCCUAAAUGUUCUUCAGGCACGGUGGGUGGUAUGGCUCAGUGUCAGGCCCUCCCCUCCCCCAUCAGUAUAAAGCUAUCAUCCCAGGUCCCACCAACAAGUUCCUUUGGGCACUUUCUCUCUCACCAGUCACAUGCGAUUGCCUAAGACAUGGUUCUAAAUUGAAUUCCUUGGGUGGGGUCAGAGGUUGAGGGGUCGUACGUCAUAGACCGAGAUGGAGUGUUCUGGCUUGUGGCAGCUCUCAGGGCACUAGGCUCCUAGAACGGCUUCUAAGUUGCCUUUCUUGGAAACUCAGUCGUGAACCUGACCCUGUCCCCUCGCUGCCUUUCUGUGAGCCCUCAAUAAAGCUUUUUGUGCUGGAA